AAACAAUUUCGCAGAUUCAGGUUAAAUGUGGUCUUACAACGCAUUGCUUUUUUUGUUGCUGUUGGCUGUUGCAGGAGCAACGGCGCCGGGCAAGCGCGUCGUGUGCUAUCAGGGCACAUGGUCUGUCUACCGGCCGAAGGAGGGAAAGUUUGGCGUGGAGGACAUAGAUCCGUUUCUUUGUACACACUUGGUGUACGCCUUUCUGGGCAUUAAGGAGAGCGGCGAGCUGCGCAUUAUUGAUCCCUAUCUGGAUCUUGAGGACAACAGCGGCCUUGGCAACAUCAAGAAGUUUAAUGCGCUCAAAUUGAAGAAUCCUACACUGCAAACGCUUGUUGCUGUUGGUGGAUGGAACGAGGGCUCCAAACGCUUCUCGAUUGUGGCUAACGAUCCAGAGAGACGUUCCCGUUUUAUCGAACAGAUCGUUCAGUUUAUGCAGCGACAUGGCUUCGAUGGCCUGGAUUUGGACUGGGAAUAUCCAGGUCAGCGACAUAAGCUAGCUAAUAACGAUCGCGACAAUUAUGUUAGCCUGCUCAAGGAGCUGAAGGCGGGCUUCGAUCCCUUUGGCUACACUCUCAGUGCUGCCGUGGGCUCAGCUCAGUUUUCCGCGGAGAUUUCCUAUGAUAUACCAGCUAUAGUUGAGUACUUGGACUUCAUCAACGUUAUGGCCUACGACCUGCAUGGUUCCUGGGAUGCAACUGUGGGCAUCAAUGCGCCACUGUUCGGGGGAGCGAACGCUACAAAACAACGUGACAAGCAGCUAAAUGUGGAUGCUGUAGUCAAAUAUUGGAUAGGCGCAGGCGCACCGCCGGAGAAGUUGCUACUUGGAGUGCCCUUUUAUGGUCGCACAUUCACUUUAGCUGCGUCCGAUCAGCAUAUGCCUGGCGUAGCGCAUAUAGGUCGCGGCAUUGCUGGACCAUUCUCGCGGGAACCGGGCGUUAUGGGCUAUAAUGAGUUAUGCCGAAUCUUUCAGCAGGAACAAUGGACGCUGGAAUGGGAGGCAGUGCAGCAGGUGCCAUACGCCUUCAAAGACCGUCAAUGGGUGGGCUAUGAGAACGAACGCAGUUUAAUGCUCAAGGCAGAGUAUGCUUUAGAGCAUAAACUUGGCGGCAUUAUGAUUUGGUCACUUGAGUCGGACGAUUUCCGAGGGAGCUGCGGCGGUAACAAAUAUCCACUUUUGACCCAAAUCAAUCGUGUGCUCUUUGGCAUGGACAGUCCAACUGGACUGAAAGCUGAACCGCAGCCAGCGGCACAAGGCGAAAUUGAGGAUUAUCGCUGCCAGGAUAAUGUCGGCUACGUAAGGGACCCGCACAACUGUUCCACAUUCUAUUUUUGUAACGCUGGGAAAACUUUCAAGUUUAAUUGCCCCACGGGUCUUAAAUUCGACUACAACUCGAGCAGCUGCAACUAUUCAGAUUUAGUAAAAUGCUAAACAAAUUUUAUGUA